UCGGCCGCGAAGAGGUCCUCAGCAGCUCCAAAUAUUCGUUGCGCUCCCUGCCAGGCCUACCCUAAGUGGAGGCGCCGAGCCCAAACGACAAACCCAUUCGUGCAAAGCUGCCCGUGCUGCACUCUGAGCGGAGCAUAUCGACGCGAGCAAGCUAUGUCGUUGAACAGAAUGUCUCUCCUGGGUCACUCGGGGCGGCGAGCACCGAUCAUCAUUGGAGCAUUUCUCAAAAGGCAGCAGCGGCAGUUUCAUCUGCUUCCUUCGCAGGAGCUAUCUCUCCUUAGCGAGCACAUUGCCAGCGUCGCUCCGCCGACCCUCGCAAGCAGUCCAUCGGAUGCAGCAUCCAUUGCAAACUCUCUCCCAGGGCAGCAGGCAACACUCAUCGCUGACAUUCAAGACGCACAUCCGCAAGAUGGUCGCUUCGUCACCACACCGCUUAGAGCAGGCGAGCCGUCGUUCGACGCCGGGCUCAAAGGCACUGUCCACCAUACGAAAGGAGAGAAAAUGGCCAAGCAUAUCGCAAAAAAGGUCCUUGGUUCGCACAACAUCUUCAUGUCCAGCAUGCCUCCAUUUGCGCUCAAGAAGGCUGGCAAGGUGAUUGUGGCACCUGCGCCGUCAUCUGCGGCGCUUCGCUUGCAGGUUCUUCUUCUCGCCGACAGAAAAGGCCACCCGCAUCCCUCGCGGCCCGGGAUGCACUACGGUCCAACGCUGACGGUGUCGACAUUGCCAGCAAGUAUACCGGUUGCUAGUGCGCGCCGCAGCUUUCCCGAGCUUACCAGCCUCACCUGCAUUGAUGUUGGCCGAAUCAAGCCGAUGGGAGCAAUCGAAGAGAGGUGCGAUCCAGCGGCGGAAGAUAUUUUGCGGGCCACAGCCAAACAAGGCGCUAGCGAAUCCUUGGCCAAUCUGGAGAGAGACCUUGCACUGGGCGAGCACUUUGGUGCUCAGUGCAAAGUUCUGCUGCAGUCGUUCCUGGAGGACCUCUUCGUGCUCUACUGGAAGGCAGAUGGAGAGAGAUUCACUCUCGAGAUCGAGCUAAGCCAAGAUGGCAGCAAGGUUCACGUGCACUCUCAAAAUCUUACAUUUGACGAUUAUACAACAGGCAAAGCUGGCCGGCAAAAGUUGCUCACAGCGCUGCGCGCACGCCCAGAGAUCGGCUACAAGGCUGGAAUGCGAGCUCCAGAGGCUCAAACGCGGCCAGGUCAGAUUGCGGAUGCAACCAGCGCAGUCUUGCACGAUCUCUCUGCACUUGAAGCCGAGGCCGCGUUGGAAGGGCUGAUCUACCGAAAGCACCAGAACGGCAACAUUGCCCUCUUUGGCUACGGCGCAGGCAUGGGUAUGGGCACGCUCGACGGAGUGAUUGCCGAGGGAGGACACCCGUCCAACUUCUUCGACGGCGGCGGAAGUGCAACGCGCGAGAAUGCACGCGCGGCUAUCCGCAUCAUCUCCCAGGACCCGAGCGUCAAGGCUGUCCUCGUGAACAUCUUUGGGGGCAUCACGAAGAGCGACCAGGUCGCGCUGGGGAUCAUCGACGCCUUCGAGCAGUUUGGCCUUAAGCACAAGAGCUUGCCGCUCAUCGCAAGAUUCAAGGGAAACAAGGCGCAGGAGGCUCAGGAGACGCUCGCGAAGAGUGGGUUGAAUGUAAAGUUUGUCCGAAGCUUGCGAAUUGGCGCACAAGAGGCUAUCAAAGCCGCGACUGCUUUUGAGCAAACCCUUGCCAGUGAAGCAAGGUGGCAAGGAGCCUUCCAAACAAAAGGAACUGGCCGUCAACCUUACGGCACGCUUACGGUAUUCGGCCAACCGCCCGGGACGCGAUCGCUGUCCACUUCCGCGAGGCUUUUCUCAAAGCAGCCUUACCACUUUGUCACAGGCUACGCAUUUGCUGGUAAGCCGCGCGAUCCCGAAGGAGAGCAGCAGCAGCAGGCGGAAGGCUUGUCUGCAGAGGCAAGUGGUAGCUCUAAAGCGAUGCGAUAUGCAACUUUGGCAAAGCAGAUCGGCUUUAUGGCCGACACGGAGAUCGGACGUUGGCGAGAUGAGCUUCUACAGGGCGGCGAAGCUGGCGAGGAUGCCAUCGCUUGCGCUGACAUGAGCAAAGCAAGUGGCGAUCCGAUGGGAGACGAGGAAGGGGACGUCGUCAUUGGCGUUGCUGACGGCGUCGGAGGGUGGACAGAGAACGGUGUCGACCCCUCCCUCUUUUCUCAGGCGCUGAUGUACCACGUGACGCAGCAGGCUGCGAAAUUCAGGGCGUGCCCGGAGCGGUUGAGCAACGAUGAGCUCGAUCCAUCCAAAGGACCAGCGCCUGAUCCAUCGCAUCACCCUGGUCUACCGCAAGCAUUGCUGUCACAUGCGUACGAUGCUGUUCAGAAGGAGCCGCUCGUCAUUGCGGGCAGUGCGACUGCCUGUGUUAUCACGCUUGACUCGAGCAAAGGUGUCCUUCGCAGCGCCAAUCUAGGCGACAGUGGCUUCAUCAUCCUGCGGCAAGGAUGGAAUGCGACCGUAAGCGGGGCCAACCCUGGGGGCAAAGACACCUUGCGUACAAUACGGGACGAAAUGCAACCCCACGUUGUGCAACCAAAGACAUCAAGGUCAGCGCCACGGCCUCAGGAGGACGUCUAUUUUGCGUCGACCCCUUUGCAGUACGGUUUCAAUACACCCUAUCAGCUUGCCAAAUUGCCAGCAUCGAUGACACAAGAAGGCAGCAUCGCCAAUACGCCGCGAGACGCAGCGCUCUGGGAUUGCAAGCUGCGAGACGGUGAUAUUGUUCUCGCGGGCACGGAUGGACUGUGGGACAAUGUGCACACUGCAGAAAUUGUGCAGCUGAUGCGUUUCAUACGCGAGAAGCACCAUUCGGCGUGGAAUGCGCGGCGCAACUCCUCUACAUUGUCGGCGUCGCCAAAAGGCGCAGCUGCCUCUUCAACGAUGAGACAUCUCGAUCCUACCAAUGUGGACGCUACGACUUCGAGCGAUCCACUCGCAGAAGAGCGCAGCUUUGUGCAGUUGUUCGCGCACAACCUGGUCGAAUACUGCAAAAUGUGCCAGUUCAGCCAAACGAAGCGGAGCCCAUUCGAGCGGGAGGCGGAGCGAUAUGGUAUCCAUUAUCCAGGAGGCAAGGUAGACGAUGUUGCGAUUGUAGUGGCAUUGGCCACCGAGCGAUGAUUUUGUAGCAUACAUAGCCUAUUGCCGUAGAGUCAGACCACUGUAUGCAUAUACCUCAACGAUGAGCUCACUUUUCGUGAGUCAUCUCGUCAUCCUCUAUGCUCACAGUGAAUCUCAUAGUCACAUCUGUUUUCAUCGUCUCCAAUGGUCGAGAUGAUGGUCAU